UGCAAAAAUUCAACCUUUUUACCAUGUCUGUGAAGCUUCAAUUUAUAUAUUAAGGUAUUAUGAUGAGAAUGAUGAUGAUGAUGAUAAUAAUAAUGUUUCAGUUAGAUUAAUACCUUUUUAUACAUGUCACGGGCCAAUCCAGAAUCUAAAAUCAGUGUCAGAACACCGAGGAAAGAAAAGGACCGCCGUUGAAGAAAAAGAAAAGGAACUCGCUAGGCCUUCACAACAAAGGCGAUUCAGUUAUACUAUAACACAUGGGAAAGGGCUUGCAGCACCAAGAUCCUAGUAUCAGUCCGGAAAAUACUCCAGGAUGCAUGUGGGGGAUACUUCACAAUUUGAAUCACAACCGACACAGGAAACGCCUCCCACACAAGAGGCACGGUGGUGGAAAGCGAGUUGCAGUUGUUGAAGAUCUAGGGGAUAAUGCAGCUUCUACUGACUCGGCUGAUAUCCAAGAAAGAAUAGAAGGCAAGGCUGAGAAUCCACAGACUCUGAAGAAAACUAUAGAACCUGCUCAAGCGUCCAAAAGUUCAAUGUUAUCUCGAAUAAGAUCUUUGAUUACUCAUGAAGAGACAUCUAAAAGAAAGGGUAGGCACCGCAGAAGUUCAUCCUGUCCUAUACAGCUCGAACGAACUAAUUCUAUUCAUCAUCUUGCUGAUCUACAAUCUUCUUAUCAAAUUCCCUUAAAUGACAAGUCUUUGGAGCAUCCUAAUUACAAGGUUGUUAGUCUAUUAGAACCUCCCCCAAAACAGAUAUGCGAGCGUACUGAAAAUGGAUUAAUCCAAGAGCCCGUAAAAUUAGAUAACAUGAAAAAGGACUCAUAUUCACUGAAUCAGCAAAAUUGUAGUACUCAGGCAUCAAAGUUAAUGCUUGGCUUUAUCAAGACGGUUUCAUUUCCUUCGCGUGGCUCAGGGGGACGAAAAUUAAAUAGGGCAAGGAAUUAUAAGAAGAAUCUGGACUAUGGGUACUAUGCAAAAGAGGAAAAUGAGUCACAAGUUGAUUCUGCUGAACAGUUGAAUAGCCAUUCAGUAACAUCAACAGAUUUGAGUAGCGAUGAUGAUGUUGGAAAACAUAUGUUGGGAAGAGCUCAAUCAUUUGAUAAUGCAGUAAAGAAACACCGUGAGAGUAAACUCAUCCUCAAUCGUUUUAAGAAUCUAAAGCAAAAAAUAAGGCAUGCACUCGAAGAGAGUAGAAAAGAGAGGCGUCGAAUUAUCAUGGAUGCUGUCCUUCAUAAGGUUCCACAUGGUCAUAGAUCAUCAAAGGAUAUCGAGGAGCAAAGUGCUAACGGGCGUGUGAAAUACUUUCCGGGAAAUACUUUUGCUCAUUGCAAUUCUCCAUUUACCAAGAGUGAAAUGAAAUCCUUUAGGAGAACAUCAUCUGUUAAUGAAUCACUGGACAGAUACAAUCGGUUACUUGACUCCUGCUUCUAUAGGGAAGAAAAAAAUCACGUUUCUGAUCGGUUGAGCUUUAGAGCAUCUAGAUCACCUUCACCGGCUAGAAAUAGCCCGAUAGGCCUGGAGAGGAUUCUCUCUAUGCCUGAUCUCAGGUAUUACUCUUCUUUCAAACUUGAGGACUCUCCCGAACCUGGCUGCUCGUAUACAUUAGACAGAGCUCCAUCGAGCAACAACUUAUAUGUCGGAAUUUCCAAAUCCAAUGAACAGAAGUCCCUGGAUAUCCAGACUGAAGAAGGUUACAAUUCAGACUCCAAGGGUACAAUUUUUCUUGAUGUCAACGAGACUCUUGAUGAUUUUGGUAGCUUAAAAAUUGGCGAUAACUCUUCCUCCGUUGAAAACAUUAUUGAGGGAACCUCAUCUGUUAUUUCAGAAUUAGAUAAACCAAUUCCUAUUCUUCUGUCUGAUAGGAGCUUUCAGAAUGCUACUUCUGGUGCAGAUGGGCUCUCAGCAGAUAAAGGUGCAGAAGAAGCUGCAGUUAGUACCGACAGAAAAGGAUUGUCAUCCAGUGAUCUAAACAGGAUUUUGCAAAUUCAGGUGGAUAAAAUAUAUAAAGCUGAAUUCGAUUAUGUUAAAGAUGUACUAGAAGUAUCUGGAUUCAGCGUAAAUAAGUUUCUAGGGAAAUGGCAUUCUACUGACCAACCAGUGAACCCUUCAGUAUUUGAGGAAGUGGAAGGAUAUUGUUUACUUGAUCAAGAGGGCAGUGGUACUUGUGAUCAACUACUUUUGUUUGAUUUAAUCAAUGAGGUCUUGUUACAAAUUUAUGAGAGAUCAUGUUCCUACUGGCCAAAGGCGUUAACCUGUCAUUCUCAUAUCCAUACAAUGCCUGUUGGCUACCAUGUUAUUGGCGAGGUCUGGACAGAUAUAAACUCGUGUUUCGAAUCUGAAAUGAAGAAUGAUCAACCGAUUGACGAUGCUGUGAGCCGCGAUCUAGCAAAAGACGAAACUUGGAUGAACCUUCAAUUUGAUGCUGUUUGUCUUGGACUGGAGCUGGAGGAUCUCAUAUUGGAUGAUCUUUUAGAAGAGCUGAUUUUCAUUUGAUGUUCAGGUUAUUCAGCUUCCUUGAAUUGCCUGACAUAUUUGGUCCAACACAUAACAUACAGAUGCAGAUCUAGGGGGGGUUCAGUGGUUCAAUUGAAUAAUUGAAUAUACAUGAGGCAUACAUAGCUUUUACUUGACACAUUUGGUCCAACACAUAUACUUGAGGCGGAUCUGGGGCGGGUUCAGUGGUUCGGUUGAACUCAUUGCUUAAUGUUUACAUAUGGUAUACAUAGCUUUUGCUUGACACAUUUGGUCCAACACAUAUACGUACAGAGGCGGAUCUAAGGCUGGUUCAGUGGUUCAAUUGAACUCUUUGCUUUUGACUCGAGCUAUGCGUAUGCAUAUAGUAUACAUAGCUCUUGCUAGACACAUUUGGUCCAACACCUAUAUGUACAGUGGCAGAUCUAGGGUGGGUUCAGUAGUUUAGUUGAACUCUUUGAGGGUUCAGUGGUUCAGUUGAACUCUUUGAUUUGACUCCAACUAUGUAUGUACAUAUGGUAUACAUGGCUUUUGCUUGAGACAUUUGGUCCAACAUAUAGACAUACAGAGGCGGUUUGGGUUUUGGGGGGGGGGGGGGGGUUAGUGGUUCAAUUGAACUCAUUGCUUUUGAAUCAAGCAGUGUAUACAUAUGCAAAAAGAAUUUGGAACAUGUACAUAUAAUAAGAUCACAAUAGUCCCGAGCCACUUGCUCUAGCUACUGGAUUAGCCUCUGUAUGCAUAGCAUUUUGUUCGGUAUGUAAAUUGUUUUGUCAAGUGAUCUAGAAAGUAUAAAAAAGAAUCUUGAGCACAUAUUUGUUCACAAAAUUUUGAGACUCUACAGAUUUUGGUAGAAUGUUGUUGAUAUUUUUUUUAUACAAUAAGUGGGAGUUGUAAAAAGCAAUUUUUA